UUCAACUAAACGAUAUCCACAGGGUUGGCAGGGCACGGAUAGGUCUUUUUUUUAACGUUUUUUUUAAAAUUCCACCUGCGUGACGCAGCAAAUGGGACUCGCUAAUUAGGCUGGAGGACGAAUAGGAGGCACUUCCUCCAAGAACUCAUUCACCUCUCGAGUCCGACCCUCUCUCUCCGUCUCUCUCUCUCUCUCUCUCUCUCUUUCUCUCGAGUUUCAGUUGGGAGUCCUUUCUGGUCGCCAUCAGCAUCUCACCUGUGCCGCCACCGCCGCUGCACCACCACCAUGGAUUUGACACUGUCGAAGAUUUCAAAGGCGCCGGAAAACAGGCGGUGCGCGCGCGUCUGGAAGGGUUAAAAAGGAACCGGCCCAUGUGAACAAGGGGGGAGAAGAAAAAAGCUUGAGCACUCCUGUAUGUUACAGCGCAUGGCCUCUGGACACAGUGGGAACGACCAUGCACAAACCCCCCCGCAAGCGCAGUCUGUACGUGUUCCUGUGUUUUGGCAUCAUAUACCUCAAACUCGGGGCCCUGUCCUCGGUGGUGGCUCUGGGCGCCAACAUCAUCUGCAACAAGAUUCCCGGGCUGGCACCUCGCCAGCGGGCCAUCUGCCAGAGCCGCCCGGACGCCAUCAUCGUGGUGGGCGAAGGCGCCCAGAUGGGCAUCAAUGAGUGCCAGUUCCAGUUCCGGUACGGACGCUGGAACUGUUCGGCGCUGGGAGAGAGAACGGUCUUCGGUCAGGAGCUGCGAGUAGGCAGUCGGGAAGCGGCGUUCACCUACGCCAUCACGGCGGCGGGGGUGGCUCACGCCAUCACGGCGGCGUGCAGCCAGGGCAACCUGAGCCAGUGCGGCUGCGACCGGGAGAAGCAAGGCUACUACAACCAGGAGGAAGGCUGGAAGUGGGGGGGCUGCUCGGCCGACAUCAAGUACGGGAUCGAGUUCUCUCGCCGCUUCGUGGACGCCCGGGAGAUCAGGAAGACGCCGCGCCGCUUGAUGAACUUGCAUAACAACGAGGCGGGGAGAAAGGUACUAGAAGAAAGGAUGAAGCUGGAGUGCAAGUGCCACGGCGUCUCCGGCUCCUGCACCACCAAGACCUGUUGGACGACGCUUCCCAAGUUCCGAGAGAUCGGCUACGUACUCAAGAACAAGUACAACGAGGCCGUGCACGUGGAGGUGGUCCGGGCUAGCCGACUGCGCCAGCCCACCCACCUCAAGGUGAAGCAGACUCAGGGCUACCGCAAGCCCAUGGAGAUGGACCUCGUCUACAUCGAGAGGUCGCCCAACUACUGCGAGGAGGACGCGGCCACGGGGAGCGUGGGCACCCAGGGACGCCUGUGCAACCGCACCUCGCCGCACACGGACGGCUGCGACCUCAUGUGCUGUGGGCGGGGCUACAACACACACCAGUACACCAAAGUGUGGCAGUGCAACUGUAAGUUCCAAUGGUGCUGCUUCGUCAAGUGCAACACGUGCAGCGAGAGGACGGAGGUGUUUACCUGCAAGUAAGGAAACUCGAGUGCCAGAAAGUGAGGCUCCAAGGACUAUUUGAAUGAAGAAGACUCGAGCGGACACACCCCACCCCCUCCCGAGAUGAUAAACGCGUGACGUGGACCAGUGAGAGCUUUUUGAAAUGAGAAAAAAAGGAAUGGGACUUUACGCUAUCAGCUCUUCGUGGCAUCGUUUUGCACAGCAGAAUCUAUUUUAAUUUCUUCUCUGAAAGUAAAUGCUAAAUAUCGGUUCGGUAAUACCCCAGAACUUUACCGUCACAUAGAGGUUGAGCUCACGUACCGAUGUCGGGACUGCGGGCGACGAAGGGCGCCCCCUGUCGGGACCUGUGCUCUUUGCACUCUGGGAUCUGGAAUUGUUCAUUUCAAAAAAGAGACUCUUUGUGCAUGGAGAGGAAACAGUAACCUGGGAGGUGAUCAAAGAAAUGACAGCAGCUGAUGAGGGAGAGAUUUGUCGAGUUUUUGUAUUUUUUUUUUUUAUAGAAAACUUUGAUCGUAUUUUCACGACAGGGGGAGCAAAAAGUGAAUCUUGACAUGAAUGACCCCCCCAAAUUGGCUGGGGCUUAUGUUGUUGGAGUUUUGUUGUUGUUUUUGUAGAAAUGAAGAACAUUUUGUAAGUACGGUGCGUUGGGGUGCGCCAAAAUCUGAGUGGAGAACUCUGUUAAACCCUCUGCUGCCAACUGGAAUAUGGUGGAGUAUGUUAGUUUUCCAGUCACACUGGAACUGUCUGUUCUGAACACUGAAAAUAAAUUGUUUAUUUAUGUUAUAGUAUCUUAAAAAAACGAAGCACUAACGGGUAGAGAUGUCUUUUUUUGUACUAAGUGUAAAGAAAAAAAUAUACUUUUUAGAAACUGACUGAAAAUAUGUGUCGAUUAGAAAAAUGCCCCCCCCCCUCCUCCCAAUCCCUAAAAACACCUAAUUGAAAGAAAUAUGGAAGAAAAAAAGGUUUCAUUGCUACUGGUGUUCAAACACCUUGGUUUCUAUUUUACUGUAGAGUAGUUUGUUUGUAGCACCCCCCCCCCCCCGUCCCCCAGCAGUAACAUCCAAUGUUUUUUUUGCAUAUUUCAAACAACUGACAGUAGCAAGAGAACUCAUCCUUCCUCGAUUCAUAUAAACAUGAAGCUGAUAUGUUGCUGAAUGUGUUGUUGAGUGCUGCACUGAUAUUUUCCAUUCAGAUACGACUCAUGAGAAUUAAAUAAACUCCCAUUUGACUCA